AUGGAUAUUUUCGAUGCACCCUACUAUAGAGUAGUGAAAAAUUCUUCUCAUUUGAUUGGCCAGUGGCCGAAUCAGUCUCCGCAGAAAAAAAUGAUGAUAACAAUAAUCAUAUGGACUGGUUUCUUCAUGCAGUUUAUUCCACAAGUUAUAGCUAUUGUGAUGCAUCUCGAUGAUCCGGAUAUUCUAUUUGAAGCAUUUUCCUCGAUGGUAAUUGAUUUAGCAUUUGUUUUCAAGUAUUCCAAUGCAAUUUACAAAGCAAAUUUGAUGAAAAAGCUAUACAGUAGAAUGGUAUCUGAUUGGAAGUUACUAUUAAAUGAUGUAGAAAAAAGUACACUACAGCACCAUACCAACCUCGGCUGUAUUUUUUCAUCAGGAUAUGCAGGAUUUGCAUACAUGUCAGCGAUGAUUUUUAUAAUGGAACCGAUUUUUCCGAGAAUUAUAAAUAUGUUCAUUGAAACAAAUGAAACUGUUCCACAUAAAUUUGCGCUGCCGUUAGAGUAUAUUAUUAUUGACAAAGAGAAACAUUACUGGUUAAUGUUAACUAUUACAAAUCUACUCAUUGUAAACAUUGCAGUUGUUAUUAUUUCAUGUGACAUUACGUUUAUUACAUUUGUGCAACAUGUUUGUGGAUUAUUCGCAGUUGUAGGAUGUCGACUAGUGAAUACACCAAUAGAUGAAAAUGAUGGGGAAAUCCAUAAAAGAGGCGAUUAUUUAUCAAACGUGAAAGAUGUUCCUUACAAACAUUUGGUGUCUUGUAUAAGAAGCCACAGGCGAGCUUUAGAGUUUGCGGAACUUCUCGAAAACGCUUAUUGUGUAAGUUUUGGAUUGCUAGUAGGACUCAAUCUGCCGGUUAUAAGUGUCACCGGAUUCCAGAUUAUUACACAAUCUAAUACAAUCCAGCAGUUAUUGAAAUACACAUCAUUUACAUUCACCGAGAUAUUACAUCUUUUUUUUGAAUGUUUUAUGUCACAACAGUUAACAGACAUGAGCUUACAAAUUCAAGAAAACAUAGCUAAAGUGAGAUGGUUCAAUAACUCGAUAAAAUCACGGAAAUUGUUAAUAUUAAUGACAAUGAGAAGUCAAGUGCCCUGCAAAUUGACUGCUGCUAAAAUAAUGGAUUUGUCUAUUGAAAAUUUCGGAAUGAUGGUAAAAACAUCGGGUUCAUACUUCACGAUGCUUUUGUCGACGCAAUAA